AUGGAAAAUAAGUCUGAAAUAGAAUUAAAUCAAAAUCAAUGUAAAAGUAAUAUUCUAUCAUUGGAGGGUUUAUUAAAAAAAACAGUUGAUACAAUGGUAGUUUUAUUAAAUUCAAUUGAUGAAGAAAAAACAAAAUAUGAAAAGUGUUUUGGUCCUUUAGAAGAACACAUGAUAAUUAAUCCACCUCAACGAAUUAUUGAAUGGGUUCAUUCAAUUCAACACACAAUACCUUCAUUAGAAGAUGAGUUAUCACCAACAAAAAGAAAUAGAAUUGAAGGAACAAUGAAAAUGGAUGUUGGAGGAGUUACUAUUAAUUUUUCAAAUCAAAGAGAAAAGCAUAACACUUCACCACCUAAAGUAACUGAUGAUUCCUUAUUGUUUUUUAUGAAUAAUCAGUUCAAAACAAAGUCAGUUGGAGUAACAGUAAAUAUUUCAAACUCAGAUUUAAUGGAUUUUCCCUUAUUUUCUUCUCAACAACUUAAGAAAAAACAAAAGAGACAUUAUCCAAAAUUUCAAAUAGAGGAGGAUAAAACAAUUAACAAAAAAACUUCAAAAAGAAGAAAGUGUGAAGAUUGA